UAGAAGAUGUGAUUUCGAUGCAAGCGGUACAAGACUAGAAGCUUUCUCCGGAUUGUUGUUACCAAAGGCUGUUUAAUAUUUCUCUAUCGCGUAUUCAGUGUGGAAGCGGCGUGGAUUUCAAUUUAGUAAGUAAUACCACUUGAUGUUGAUGAUGCUUUUUACUAUAAUUUUCUGAAAAUACUCCGCUAGAGCUGCAUAGGUUCAGGUUUGUUCUUAAGUUUGGAUUUAUUGAGUUGUAGUUGUUCUUCUUUGUUCGGCUUGUUUCGAUCGGCGUCGCUGCUUUUAAUCUGUAUCUCAGCGCUCUCAUCACCCCAAAAAGAAACAAAAGCAGAUGGCGUCUUUCACAUCAAUGCCCAUGCCGCGGCGCGACCCGAUCCCCGUCACCGUGCUCACGGGGUUCCUUGGCAGUGGAAAGACGACAUUGGUGAACCACAUUUUGAAUGACCAGACGCACGGAAUGCGAUUCGCGAUCAUUGAGAACGAGAUUGGCGCUGUUGGUGUCGACAACAAAAUUUUGGAUCUCCCGAAAGCGAACAUUGAAGACGAGAUGCUGGAGGUGAUCAACGGUUGCAUCUGCUGCAAGGUGCGUGGGGACCUGGUGACGGCGCUGAAGCGUCUGUACAACAAGGUGCACAAAUUCGACGGGGUGAUCAUCGAAACCACGGGUCUCGCGGACCCCGCCCCGGUGGCGCAGACGUUUUUCCAGGAAGAGGGGAUUUCCGUGCUGUACAAACUGGACUGCAUCUGUGCGGUGGUGGACGCCAAGCAUGUGGAGCAGCACUUGGACGACAAAAACAAAAAGCCGAAGGGCUUCCAGAACGAGACGGAGGAGCAGCUGGCGUUCGCCGACGUCGUGUUGCUGAACAAGACCGAUUUGGUCGCCGACCCUCCGGCCCUGGACGCGCUGGAGAAGCGCAUCAAGACGAUCAACUAUCAAGUGUAAAAAUGUCUGGGUCUGGAAGAUUCUUAGACUUGUCAUGCAUGUUUUCCCUGGGCCAUGAUGUCUGUGAUGCAUGCCCUAGCAUCACAGAUUUUUGGAGGGCCUCGCGAUGCCUAUUCCGCAUGACAAAUGCCCUCUCCGCGUAGCAAAAAUUGCACUCCCUUUGCUGCUCAUGCAAAACAGAUUUUUUUGGAAUCCAAAUUCAGCAUCACAAGUUGCAUUCUUCCAGACCCAGACAUUUUUACAUUUGAUAUCAACCACGGGGCGCCCAUCUACCGCACCGAACAGAGCAAGGUGGACCCGAAGAAGCUGCUGAACGUGGGCGCCUUCGACCUGGAGCGCGUCCUGGAGAUGGACCCGGAGUUUCUGAACCCCCACGGCCACUUCCGCCACGACAAGACCGUGAGCUCGCACUCCGUGAAGUUCGAGGGUGACUUGAACGUGUCCCGCAUGCAGCGCUGGCUGCGGCAGCUGAUCUCGCAGAAGAGCGACGACCUGUUCCGCUACAAGGGAGUGCUUUCCGUGAAUAACAUGCCACAGAAGUUCGUUUUCCAGGGCGUGCACAUGAUGAUGGUCGCGGACUACUUUCCGGACAUGCAGUGGGCCCUGGGCGAACCGCGCGACUGCCGGUUGGUUUUCAUCGGGCGGGACCUGGACAAGGCGGAGCUCAUAUCGCAUUUAACAACGUCCCCACUCCAUAGUUGUAAAAUCUGCACGCUGAAUUUGAACAUGUUUCUCAUGCGGAGCCCCAUGAGAAGCGUUGUCUCGUCGUGUUUUGGAAUUUGUCAUGCUCCAAUCAGCAUGAUAUACUACCUCCAACAGCACUACACUGCGAGUCCAAAUUUUUCUUGCAAAACAGCCAAAACUUGUGGACUUGUCGAGCCGAUUUCCCAGCUGGACUAUGGGCUGAGGACGUUUUUAUACAGGAUAGCUCACCAAGCAGGCGAUGGACUGCAAGGCGGAGGAGCAGCUGCGCUUCAAAAUCGGGGACAUUGUGGAGGCCAAGACGGGGACGAACCGGUGGGAACAGGGAAGAGUGAUCAAGAUCUGGGAUCAGGGCCAUCCCUACCGCAUCGAGGUGCUCGACUCCGGGAAGAACGUGUGGGGCCCGGAAGACCGAGACAUUUGUGUCCGUGCGGUUCUCGAAUGCGCGGAGUUGACUGCACAAUGAAGGGAGAAGAUAGCACGGAAAAGUAUAUUAAGUAAGUGAUGGGUACUCAAAUUUACGCGGAUGUUGGCUAACAUGCCGAUCAUGCGCAAGUUGAUGAAACAGUGCCCUACUAGUUGCGACGCCCUUUCCAGGCUGUGGAGGUUAUCGCCACAAUGAUGAUAAUUUCCUGAUCGAUAGCAUAAGAUAGUCGCAUCGAGUUUGAGAUGCUUUUAUCGUCGACUUAUUUUUCACAGGAAAGAAACUCCGCAUCUGGAAUUUCUUUUCGUUUCGACUUGGAAUAUGGUUUGAUAUCUUUUUCUUUUGUUUCGCAGUAAAAGAGUAGCAGUGAUUCUUUCCGUUUCCAAGAAGGAUAGAUACGAAAGCGAGAUACAAACAUAUUGCAAGUAAGUAUCAUCCAGACCGCCUCGAGGAAACUAAUCACGGCUUAAUGGUUCAUUCUUCAAAUAGAUUCACCCGACUAGUGCACGUACAUGGUAGAUUUGUUUGCAUUUCCGGUGAUCAUGUGGUUUUCUUUGGCUUGCACAUAAGGAAGAGAGGUUUGAUUGAUUCCGCAAAUUUGUCUUCUGCGACAACACAAAGAGUGGCUGCGCGUGGACAGAGCCUAAACCAAAAUUUGCUAUCAAUAAAGAGCGGUUAAAAUGCUAUAAAAAAGUCAGAGUUAUAGAAACACGCACAGAUAAAA